CCAGCCCCGGUCCGCGCGGAGCAGGAGCUAAGCGGAGCCAAUCUCGGCGCCCUCACAGCGCUCCUCCCGGUCGGAGCCGGCCCUGCCCGGCAGCGGCUGCGGCGGCUGUGGCUGCGCGUCCUCCAGCGGCGGCAGCGGCGCUCGCAGCGCCCGGAUUUGCAGUGGCUGUACUUGGCCAAGUCGGAUCAGUGGGACCGUUGCCUCCUUCCCAGCACAGCCCCUUUCCUGACACUGUCAGCCUCAAGUCCAGUUGUUGGCAGAGGCCUCAGCAGCAGGAUGGAGCUGGAGUGAGGCCGAGGGGCUGAGCUGCUGAUCGCCCUGCGAGACGCUGGGGAUUCUCAGGCCACGGAGGCUGGACAACGUUCAUGGCUCUCCGGUAGAACCCAGCGAAACGGCCAGAAUGAAUUCUAUGGACAGGCACAUCCAACAGACCAAUGACCGACUGCAGUGCAUCAAGCAGCACUUACAGAACCCUGCCAACUUCCACAAUGCCGCCACGGAACUGCUGGACUGGUGUGGAGACCCCCGAGCCUUUCAGCGUCCUUUUGAGCAGAGCCUGAUGGGCUGUUUAACGGUGGUCAGUCGGGUGGCAGCUCAGCAAGGGUUCGACCUAGACCUUGGCUACAGACUGCUGGCUGUGUGUGCUGCGAACCGAGACAAGUUCACUCCGAAGUCUGCCGCCCUGCUGUCGUCCUGGUGCGAGGAGCUUGGCCGCCUGCUGCUGCUCCGGCAUCAGAAGAGCCGCCAGAGUGACCCCCCCGGGAAGCCACCCAUGCAGCCCUCCCUCAGCUCCAUGAGCUCCAUGAAACCCACUCUGUCACACAGUGAUGGGUCAUUCCCCUAUGACUCUGUCCCUUGGCAGCAGAACACCAACCAGCCUCCCGGCUCCCUCUCCGUGGUCACCACGGUUUGGGGAGUGACCAACACAUCCCAGAGCCAGGUCCUCGGGAACCCUAUGGCCAAUGCCAACAACCCCAUGAAUCCAGGCGGCAACCCCAUGGCAUCGGGCAUGACCACCAGCAACCCCGGCCUCAGCUCCCCGCAGUUUGCUGGUCAGCAGCAGCAGUUCUCAGCCAAGGCCGGGCCCACUCAGCCCUACAUCCAGCAGAGCAUGUACGGCCGGCCCAACUACCCCGGCAGUGGGGGCUUCGGGGCCAGUUACCCCGGGGGUCCUAAUGCCCCUGCAGGCAUGGGCAUUCCUCCACACACCAGGCCGCCUGCUGACUUCACUCAGCCGGCAGCUGCCGCCGCAGCAGCCGCAGUGGCAGCAGCGGCUGCCACAGCCACGGCCACAGCCACGGCCACCGUGGCAGCCUUGCAGGAGACACAGAACAAGGAUAUAAACCAGUAUGGACCGGUCUGUUCCUCUUUCCAGAUGGGUCCCACCCAGGCGUAUAACAGCCAAUUCAUGAAUCAGCCCGGGCCUCGGGGGCCUGCCUCCAUGGGGGGCAGCAUGAACCCCGCAAGCAUGGCGGCUGGCAUGACACCCUCGGGGAUGAGCGGCCCUCCCAUGGGUAUGAACCAGCCCCGGCCACCCGGCAUCAGCCCUUUUGGCACACAUGGGCAGAGGAUGCCCCAGCAGACCUACCCAGGCCCCCGGCCCCAGUCCCUUCCCAUUCAGAGCAUAAAGAGGCCAUACCCAGGAGAGCCCAACUAUGGAAACCAGCAAUAUGGACCAAACAGCCAGUUUCCCACCCAGCCAGGCCAGUACCCGACCCCCAACCCCCCACGGCCACUCACCUCUCCCAGCUACCCUGGGCAAAGGAUGCCCAGCCAGCCGAACACUGGGCAGUACCCGCCCCCCACGGUCAACAUGGGGCAGUAUUACAAGCCAGAGCAGUUUAAUGGACAAAAUAACACCUUCUCGGGAAGCAGCUACAGUAACUACAGCCAGGGGAACGUCAAUAGGCCACCCAGGCCAGUUCCUGUGGCAAAUUACCCCCACUCACCUGUUCCAGGGAACCCCACGCCCCCCAUGACCCCGGGGAGCAGCAUCCCCCCAUACCUGUCUCCAAGCCAAGAUGUUAAACCACCCUUUCCACCUGACAUCAAGCCAAAUAUGAGCGCUCUGCCGCCACCCCCAGCUAACCAUAACGAUGAGCUGCGGCUCACGUUCCCUGUGCGGGAUGGUGUGGUGCUGGAGCCCUUCCGUCUGGAGCACAACCUGGCCGUCAGCAACCAUGUCUUUCACUUGCGGCCCACAGUCCACCAGACACUGAUGUGGAGGUCUGACCUGGAGCUGCAGUUUAAGUGCUACCACCACGAGGACCGGCAGAUGAACACCAACUGGCCCGCCUCGGUGCAGGUCAGCGUGAACGCCACGCCCCUCACCAUUGAACGCGGUGACAACAAGACCUCCCACAAGCCCCUGCACCUCAAGCACGUGUGCCAGCCAGGCCGCAACACCAUCCAGAUCACCGUCACAGCUUGCUGCUGCUCCCACCUCUUCGUGCUGCAGCUGGUCCACCGGCCCUCCGUGCGCUCUGUGCUGCAAGGCCUCCUCAAGAAGCGCCUCCUGCCUGCAGAGCACUGCAUCACAAAAAUCAAGAGGAAUUUCAGCAGCGUGGCUGCCUCGUCAGGCAACACGACCCUCAAUGGGGAGGAUGGUGUGGAGCAAACAGCCAUCAAGGUGUCCCUGAAGUGCCCUAUCACAUUCCGGCGCAUCCAGCUGCCUGCUCGAGGCCAUGACUGCAAGCAUGUCCAGUGCUUUGAUCUGGAGUCAUACCUGCAGCUGAAUUGUGAAAGAGGGACCUGGAGGUGUCCCGUGUGCAAUAAAACCGCUCUGCUUGAGGGCCUGGAGGUGGAUCAGUACAUGUGGGGCAUCCUGAAUGCCAUCCAGCACUCCGAGUUUGAAGAGGUCACCAUUGACCCAACAUGCAGCUGGCGGCCGGUGCCCAUCAAGUCGGACCUACAUAUUAAAGAUGACCCUGAUGGCAUCCCCUCCAAGCGGUUCAAGACCAUGAGUCCCAGCCAGAUGAUCAUGCCCAACGUCAUGGAGAUGAUUGCGGCCCUGGGCCCUGGGCCAUCCCCCUACCCACUCCCACCUCCGCCUGGGGGCACCAACUCCAGUGACUACAGCAGCCAAGGCAAUAACUACCAGGGCCAUGGCAACUUUGACUUCCCCCAUGGGAAUCCUGGCGGGACAUCCAUGAAUGACUUCAUGCACGGGCCCCCCCAGCUCUCCCACCCACCGGACAUGCCCAACAACAUGGCCACCCUCGAGAAACCCCUCAGUCACCCCAUGCAGGAGACUAUGCCACAUGCUGGCAGUUCUGACCAGCCCCAUCCCUCCAUACCACAAGGUUUGCACGUCCCACACCCCAGCAGCCAGUCAGGGCCUCCAUUACAUCACAGUGGGGCUCCUGCUGCUCCUUCCCAGCCUCCCCGGCAACCGCCACAGGCUGCUCCCAGCAACCAUCCACACAGCGACCUGACCUUUAACCCCUCCUCAGCCUUAGAGGGUCAGGCCGGAGCACAGGGAGCAUCUGACAUGCCGGAGCCUUCGCUGGAUCUCCUUCCAGAACUCACAAAUCCUGACGAGCUCCUCUCAUACCUGGACCCCCCUGACCUGCCGAGCAAUAGUAAUGAUGACCUCCUGUCUCUCUUUGAGAACAACUGAAGCCCACCCCCCUCCAUCGGGGCCGCCCCUCCCGCUCUGCCUCCUUCCCUGUCUGUCCCACACACACUGUCCCCCAGGGAGCCCUGUACUGAGACUGCCCCUGCUGCGGAGGGGGCGGGAAGGCGCACUGUGAAGGCUGUGUGGGGCUGCAACCCAUGCCCAGAGCAUGCCCUGAAGAUGCCCCUCCCCACGGGGAGCCGGCCCACUGAGAGGCACACACCCGACGAUGGCUUCCUGGUCCCUCUGUGUGCUGGUUCCAAAUGACCUCCCAGGCCCCCAAGGUUCUUCCAGUUUCUAAACUGUAACCCUGCCUCCCUGCCUCCCUGCUUCCCAGCCCAGAGCCUCUUUCAAGUGACUGAGCCUGAGAGAAGCCCCCUGAGACCCAGGUGGGCUCCAAGCCUUGGAGGAGCAGUGACAGUUGGCAGGAGUGAGAACAGCCCACCCACCACCACCACCCACCACAGAAAAGCACAAACCUCUGGGAAAGAGAACUCUCUCGGGGCCAAGGUCAUCGCUCUGGCCCCCUGACCUCUAAGCCAAGAUACCCUGUAAACACUCUCUCAGAAAGCAGAGAUAAAGGACAAGAAUCUGUUUGAGAGAGGGUGUGCCAUUCCUGCUUAGGGACUGGUGGGAAAGGGGCCUCCUCAGAGCCAGGACAACCCAGCAGAUGGCUCUGCCACCGUGGAAUCAGGUCAGGGCCCCGCCUUGGGGCGGGGGAGGGGGCAGAGAGAGUACCCAGCCAAAAUUAUUGUGCCCUUAGUCGAGGCGGGGCAGUGCCGCCAGCAGAAUUGGAGUCAAAUAGGAACAGCAACUGAUCGUUUUGCUCCAAGCCACUCCCUUUUUUAAGUGACAGUUUAAAGCUACAAAGUCAUCUGGAGAAAAGGAACAUUGGACUUGGACAGCAAGCAAACCACUUCUCUCCAUGUGUUUGUUCUCUUCCUUCCUCCUGCUCCCCACCCACCUCUCCCAGGCUGUUAAUGUGGGACACCCGCUUCCCUCUGUCCUAGCUCUCUUUUGUCCGUGUAGACUUAGGAGCAGGAAUGCCAGGCAUUGGUGUUUAUCCGGCCUCUCUGCCUGUCCUUGUGUUCGAGGCCGCCCCGCCUCCAGCCCAGGCUGUUAGCGCGUGUGCCGGGAUAUGCCCAAGAGCACCGCAUAGUGGUUCUGCAGACGCCACAGCUGGCUGCCAGCCCCUCCUUCCCUGUGUCCCUCACCCAUACUCCUGCUCGCUCAAGCGGAAGCAGCCUCUGGCUUUCCACUGCCUCACUCCAUCCUCCGCUCCCAAGUCUCCCGGGUAGCGUGUGCGUCCGUUUCGUUUCAGGCUCCUCUGUGCUCCCCUCAGCCACGUGGCCUGAUGCUGUCCAGUCACUUUGGUGGCCUGUGAAUUCGUUGCGCCCCUCCCUGCUGCUGCCUGGGGCCCUCUCCCGUGCCCUGUGCCCUGCCUGCAUUCCCUGUGCCCGCCUCCCUCUGUGGCUGGUGGUCCCCAGCACUCCUGGAUUUGACAGAAACGGUGGCUCCAGCUGAUUUCCAGCUGCUGGACCAGAUGACUGGCGUAAGGUUUUCUGGAGGAAAGCUGCCAUUGUCCCCCCACCUCCGCCACCUUUCCUUUGUCCUGUUGUCAAGGUUUUUUCAAACAGCGUGGUGUUCAGUAUGCAAAUCAAUUAUUUUAAGAAUUGCUUUUGUAAAUAUCUUUGUGAAUAUUUUAGUAUUGUCUUUGAUAAUAUUCAACAUUUUCAUGACCUGGUUAUAGCCUUUGCUGGUGUUUUUAAAAUACCUUGACUCAAUGACAAAGACCGAGUCGUUUUUUAAAAAAAAAAAACAACAAACAAAAACAAAAAAGCAACCAGGGCUAUUUGUACAGAUGAAGGGACAAAGAGCAUGGGCGGCUGUACCAUGAGUUAGAGGACCAGGCCGCCCACUGCUUAGAGCCAUCCCCAGUUGGCUAGUGGGGACAGACACCGGGUUAGCAUGUGGCUGUCCUUGGCCAGGGCAUGACAGGCCCAGCAGGUGGGCGCACUCUGUGUCAGACCGUCUGGGAAUGUUCUGCCCCAGACAGACUGACAGAUGCCUGCCUUAGAAGUUCCUGCUUCCUGCCAAGCUACCUUGUCCCAGAAAGGCCGGGGGUCUUGGUCUGGUUCUUACCGGGGUGUCUGCUCACUGACCUAUCCACAGCUUUCUGGUGCAGGGGGUCGAUUUGCUGUCCACAGCCCGGGCUCCAGGCACCUCCCUCAGUCACCUCUGAGAAAGCCGUGGGCUCAGCACCUGAGGCAGGUUUCUUGGGGCCCCUCCCAGGCAAGCCUCCACCAGCAAGCUCUGCGAAUAGCUUUCCUGAAUCUUGGUGCCUGAAGCCGGCACUCUGGAACUGUACUCCAGCAGAGUGGUUUUGGAGCCAGGCCAAGGGGUAAGGGAGGCAUAAAGGCAUCCGGGACUGAAGCAAGCCCCAGCUGGCAACAGAUUCAGGCGACGACAGCCUCCCCAAGUGGGCGGUUCUGAACUCCGGGCAGACGCUUUCCUGAUCCUUUUGGACAACUAUUUGGAGCCAUAAGUAACCUCAGCAAAAACGAGGCCUCAGCAAGCCACUUCUCCAUGGCAAGCAUCCACCCAGGCCAUAGGCAUGUUUCUGCUGCCUCCGCAAGAUGAACAGGGCGCCGGUGGGCAAGCGGAAAGGCCCAGGUACAGGCAAUCACCCGUCUUGGUUUGAAGCUUUACCCAUGUACCAUGUUCCCUGUAGCCAUUUUAUUUUUUAAGAAACUUCUAAUAACUUUCUCCCUAACAGAAGCCCCAACCCCUCAGAGAGCUACACGUCUGCUCCCUCCGCCUGACCCAUCUAGAUAGGGUAACGUAAGCAGCAGCGAUUCAAGGGACGUGUGUACAUAUGUAAAUGAGAAAUAGAGACAUGUUAACAGAUGCAUUCAUUUCCCUUGGAAUGUGUAUUGUUUUUAUUUUACGGAACAGAACAAAACAAAAAAAAAACGGCUUGGGACUCCAUCCUAAAGUGGAAAAGCUAGAUCUUGUUUGUUAGCGUUUGUGAGGUCUCUCUCCACAUUUGUCCCUCAUGUAAUAUAUUCUGACACUGUGUGGAAAGCAAUUUUUGUUCCGUUUUGUUUUUAUUUUACCUACAUGUACUAUUUAGCUUCAGUGUACUAGUCCUGCCACCUGUGUAUUUUUAGGGUGCUAUGGAAAUAAUGAAAAGAAAUGGAUUUCGGAAGAAAAUUGUAACCAAAUUCAUACUUUGUAUAAUUUUUGAUAUCAUGAUCGCAGGUGAUUCACACGUACACACAUAAACACAUCCACAGUGCAGCCUGAAGUAACUCCCACAGACACCGCCAUCGUCUUUGUACAUCUACGUACAAUGCAAUCAUUUCAUACUUUAAACUGGUCAGAAAACUAAUUGUGAUUUCUAGUCUUGCAAAGCUGUAUGUAGUUAGAUGAUGUGACAACCUCUAAUAUUUAUCUAAUAAAUAUGUAUUCAGAUGAAACCUGUAUAUUAGGUGUUCAUGUGGUUAUUUUGUAUUUAAAGAUCAAAUUAUUUGACUAUUGCUAGACAUUUCUAUACUCUGUUGUAACACUGAGGUAUCUCAUUUGCCCAUGUUAAUUUUUUUCUAAAUAAAUUGACAAAAAUGAA